CAGCGCUCGGGCCGCGCGCUAGCCCGCCGUCCAUAAAAUUCCGUUUGCUACCUGCGCUACACUCAUCAAUCGACCACCACGAUGAAACCACACAAGUGAAGAUCGACAUCAUGGCGCCCGCCACGGCACCAACAGAAGUCUCGGAGCCCUUCCCCAUCUCCUGCGUUGCAGGGCGAUACCUCCUUUUCGACGUCGACGUGAUCGCUCACGUCCGGCGCACCCAUAACAUCUGCGGCGUGCUGGUCGGCACCAUCCCGAACCUGUCGCAGCAGAAUGUGUUCCUCGGCAUUCCACUCGAGCUCAUGCCUGAAGAGGCCCGCGUGCUCGUGGAAGGAGGACACGCACACAUCGUUGACGAUGUCGAAACACAUCGCCAGGGAUUCCAAGAGAUGAGCCGCGCAGACCGGCUGAAGUACCUGGCGGAGCUGGACCGUCAGGGUGUCGAGGCUGCGAAGGAGAGUCUGGCGGCCCAGGAGAUGAAGAAGGACGUUGCUCUGAAGAAGAAGGGGCUGAGGAAGCCUGUUGAGACCGAGACUGCUCCGAGCGUUGCGGAUAGCACUGCGACGAUUGAGAGCACGGCGUCCGACGAGACGGUCCAUGUUGAGCUCCCCAGCCCUACUGGCUCAGGUCUUGGUUUCAUCAUGAAGGGCUCAGGUUUUUUGGACCCACCAGCAUCGGUCGACACAUCAUCGCCUCCCGUGCCGGCAGAGGAUCCCUCAACAUCCCUCUUCGCCGAGCCAGCCACCGCCCCUCCCGUCAAAACCACCAAGAGCGUCUUCGCCCAACGCCAAUACAUCACCCCCACCACAUCCACCCUCGCCCUCCCCACACCCCCCAAAGACCCAUCCCGCUCGCUCCCCGUGGUACCCAAGAGCUACCCGCUCUUCCGCUUCCUGCACUCGCGCGGCUACUUCUUCAUGCCCGGCCUGCGCUUCGGCUGCAACUACUCGGUCUACCCCGGCGACCCGCUGCGGUACCACAGCCACUUCCUGGCCACGGGCCUCGGGUGGGACGAGAAGUUCGACCUGCUGGACAUUGUCGGCGGCGGGCGUCUGGGCACGGGCACCAAGAAGGCGUACAUGGUCGGCGGCGAGGACCCGAGCAAGCCUGGCACAGAAGGUGUGCGCGCGUUCUCGGUCGAGUGGGCGUCGAUGUGAGGGCGUGCGGGGUGUGUGAAGAUAAUGUGUACAUGAUAGAAAUGAACGUGCUUGAUGCUGAACUUGCGUAACCUGUCUGCGUGUUGUUGUGAUGCAGUGCCCCAUGUUUUGCUGUGAUGCAGUGCCCUAUGUUUUGAUGUGACGUGCAGUGUCCCAUGGUAUGAUGACGACGAAGCGCGCCAUCGUCUCGAGUCUCCCGACCUCCUCGAGUCCAAGUCCAAGUCCUCUGCCGUCGACCGUCGGCCUCAACAUGUGCAUCUGCAUCUGCAUCUG